AUGGCUGAACCUGAAUGGACCACGACAUUAAAUUACCCCAUUGGUCCAAUCCACUCGGUAAGAGGACCAAUAAUAGCCGUUGGUAUGCACACAGAUAUACACAUAGGGUAUAAACACCAGACCAGCUGCGUCCAGCUGCCGCUAAACCACAGCGCUCUGGUUGUGGUAGAGUUCGAUGACAAUUUUCUAAAAAUGGUAGCAAACCGACCAGAAAUUGACAAGAGUAAGGACUUCCAAAGAAGAAGAAAAACAACGGUUCCAGAACCGACCUGGAGGAAUACGAAGAACACUAAUGCGCACACUGGAGAACUAUCAAGUGCAUCAAGAGAACAUCAGCAUUCCGUCCGCGUGGAGUUGCUGGACGCUUACCAAUUGAUUAAGAAACCACCUCCGAUUUGUGUUGGUACACAACGCCUCCUCGACAUACCAAUAAGUUUACUGCCGUCACUUCUGCCAACUUGGAUGGAUUCCUCUAUUCUCUUGGGUUCUCACAUGGAAUCUCGAUACUGUAAAUCCUUAAAGGAAGAUAAUACUACAGCAGGUUCACUACAAGACAGGAUAGGUCCUUCAGAAGAGCAGGGAAUAGAGAAGAUUGGAGCAGAUGUGUGUUGGCCUGUGGACAUCUGUCUUAGCGUUCCCACACCUCUCAGCGCCUACGCCUGUAGUCGAUAG